AGCAACCGGCGAGUCCGGCGGGCGGUUUUCCGGCGUUUCCGGCGUUUUGUGGAGCUAGUGUGAUAGGGUUCUUAUCGCGCGGCCACAAUGGAUUCGGUGCAGAUGAUAUCGCACAUCGAGCAAUCGCUCAACUACUCGGUCUACGACGUGAAGUGGAUUCCGUGUACGGCCAGGUUCGUGGCGAUCGGAUCGAAACCGAAAGGCACCGGAACGCUGCAGAUCUUCGAGCUGAACCGAGGCACCCUGGAGCUGGCGAAGGAAUCGGAACACGGCAAAUCGCUCAAGUGCUGCUCGUUCGGUGCUUCGCGGCUCCGUGAGGCGCAUCUGGCCGUGGGCGAUUUCAGCGGCAAACUGUCCCUCUUCGAUCUGGAACGGUUGGACGCGCCGCUGUACGAAGUGGAGGCUCACGAGGGCAUCAUCAACUCGCUGGAUGCGAUCGGAGGUUCGACGAUCAACUGUGGAGCCCCAGAAAUCGUAACGGGUGGGCGCGAUGGAUCGGUGAAGGUAUGGGAUCCCCGGCAACGCGGUUCACCGGUCGCCCACAUCAGUCCGGCCAGCGCGGAUGCAAGUGAGCGACGGGACUGCUGGGCCGUCGGUUUCGGUGAUUCUCACAACGCCGUCGAGCGGAGCGUUUGCAGCGGAUACGAUAACGGUGAUCUGAAGCUGGUCGAUCUGCGGAACUUGCGGCUACGGUGGGAAGCGAACGUAAAGAAUGGGAUCUGUUCGCUGGAGUUUGAUCGUAAGGACAUUCCCAUGAACAAGCUGGCCGUUACGACGCUGGAAGGCGGACUGCAUGUCUACGAUAUGCGUACCCAGCACUCGCAGAAAGGAUUCUCGUCGGUGCGCGAAAAAACCGUUGGCCAAGCGCUCGGCACCAACGGAGUCAUUAGUGGCGCCAAAUCGACGGUCUGGACGGUGAAGCAUCUACCUCAAAACCGAGACAUUUUCGUAACUGGCGGCGGGUCCGGCAAUGUGCGAAUAUGGCUUUAUCACUAUCCGGAAAAGCGCAGCAAAGACCACACCGAUGGGGAGAAGCUGGGUGUCGCCGGUACACUGGAGAUGCUGCAUGCCACGACCAUUUCUACGCAGCCCGUUCACACCUUCGACUGGAGUCCGGAUCGCCAAGGAUUGGCUGUUUGCGGUUCGUUCGAUCAAACAGUCCGCGUACUGAUCACAACCAAUCUUAAUCUACAUUAACACGCCUUCCUCGCAUAGAUUCAGUCUGAUGUAAAUAAACGCAAUAACGGAUCUUCCGUUCACCGAUUUA